CUUAAUUCUGGUAGCAGCGCAUUAAAUGUUAAAGCACGCAAAUAUUUUGCGUUACAAUUACUUUCGUGUGUUUAUUUUAAUUAAUCAUGGAGGUUGAAGAAGGUUUUGAAGUGUGUAGAGUUUGUUUAACGUCACGUGAAGCAACUCCUUUGUUUUCUAUUUUCUUGUUAAAUGGUUAUGAUGCUGGAAUGAUGCGAGACUUGGCAGGAAUCGAUGUAUCACAAGAUGAAGGUGUCUAUGAUGGUCUCAUAUGCAGCGAAUGUGCUGUGGAGCUGCAAGAAGUGCACAAUUUUAUGGCAGCAAUGAGAGAAGCUGAAACAAAUUAUUUCGGACCUAAACGUGAGGAAGUUUAUGGAAAAGAAUGUCAAAAAGAUGAAAAUAAGUCUGAAGAUAAAGUUAAAAAAGUUGGGAAUAAUUCAAAAGAAGGUUCAGUGAAGCAAAAAAAAGUUCGAGUGAAUGUUCAAGUUAAGAAAAAUCCUAAAAGGAACAUUAGAAGAAGUGUUAAGUUUAAUCCUAGAAAAAAAGAGAACAGACCAUUCAAGUGUUCCAUAUGUUCGCAUUCUUUCAUCUACAAAAACUUUCUUCGUUACCAUCUUGAAGCGAUACACGCCAGAAAUAAGAGAUUUGAAUGCGAUUUAUGUGCAAAACAAUUUUAUUACUUACAUGAAGUUAAAAGUCAUAUGAAAUGGCAUAAAAAUCCUAAGUAUAAUCCUUUGGAUUCCAGUCGGCCACAUAAAUGCACUCACAGAGGCUGCAACAAAUAUUUCAAUACUAAAAAUCAUUUGGAAAGUCAUGUGAUAACCCAUGCUAAUUAUCCUAUAAAUAAUCCUUCGGAUUCCAGUCGGCCAUACAAAUGUACUCACAGAGGCUGCAAAAAAUAUUUCAAAAGAAAACAAAAUUUAGAACAUCAUAUGAUUACUCAUGUUGAUCAUCGUCCCUUUGCCUGUUGUUGCAAGAAAGCUUUCAAGUUCAAGGGUCAACUUAAAACUCAUCAAAUAAAUAUUCAUGGAAAGAUCUCCAAAAAUCUUCGCUAGAACUUUAAGAACAACAAUGGAAGAUCAUUACUUCGUCAUCAAUUAGUUUUUUUUAAUAAUCAUCAUGUUUUUAAAAGCUUUUUCAAGAAUCAAUGCUGGUCGCAUUUUUAUUCUUUUAUUUUUGAAAUGUAAAGUUUUACGUUUAAAUGGAAUGUUCUAUGUAUCGCGUUAAACAAUUUAAAUAUUCUAUUUAAUUACGAAGAGUAUCAUCGCCAAAGGCCUUGAUUUAGGUAAAUUAUGUAAGAGACGGAAUUAAGUUUUAUGUCGUUUGAAUUAAAUUAAUUAGUCAACAUAAAAGUAUAAAUAGAUAUCUGUAAUGUUGGUAACUUAACAUGUAGUGGUUAAACAUUAAGAAAAAAGAAGUCUUAAUACAGCCUUCAGGUGUCUUUCUUUCUUUUAUCUAGUUUCAUUAAAUUAUAUUUUAAAUUCCAGGAUUAUUUCCACUAUCCAGUUUCGUGAAUAUAAAAGAGUAGAAAUAAAAAAUAAAAACAAGUUUCUUAAGUUGCGUUAAAAUAUUUCUUCCUUCCCACCUUUAUUUUAUUUUUUUAUCAAUGAAUCAUUUACAUGAUUCAUAAAUGGGAUCAUUUUCAGAAUGAACUCAUGAAGU